AUGGAAGAUAAGGAUAAGUCUCCACCUAAGGAUUACUAUAAGAUUCUAGAAGUUGAUUACGACGCAACCGAGGAAUUGAUCAGAUUGAAUUAUCGGAAGCUUGCGUUGAAGUGGCAUCCUGAUAAGCACAAAGGCGAUACUGCAGCUACAGAAAAAUUUCAAGAGAUUAAUGAAGCGUAUAACGUGCUGAUGGACCCUGCUAAACGUUUUGAGUAUGAUUUAACCGGUAUUUAUGAGAUCCACAAGUAUACUUUACGGGAAUAUCUCGCCAGAUUUAAGGGAAUGAUACUCACUUGCAAUGGCCUUGGCAUCAGCCAGUCCUCAUCACCAUGGACACAUCAAUUGUCUGAGACCACCAACAAAACAACAGACUAG